AUGAAGUUAUGGAAAGGGGUUACCCUUGCCUUCGUUCUGUUUAGUGCAUCACUUCCACUCCUGAUCACAAGGACCAUGACCACACCACAUCAGUCCUCCCCACUACAUUCACCAUCAUCAUCAUCAUCAUCAUCAUCAUCAUCAUCAUCAUCAUCACCAUCAUCAUCAUCGUCAUCGUCAUCAUCACGGGCUUCAUGGUCUUCCUCGCGCAGCGUAGCAGUACGUCGGCGUGUAUCCAGGGCUACAGACAGUUUAGGCUCCCUCCUCUCUGAGUUCUCCUACCUGUUCCAGAGCUUCACCGAGGGUGAGCUGAAGAGGGUGAUUGAGGUCCUCGUAGACAGGAAAUCAAGGAGAGAUACGCUAAAGGCCAUUCAGAGCAAAAGGUCAAAGAGGGCCAGGAAGGGAACAAAACCUUGUUCCCUGCAGGAAGUGGAGUUGAAAGUGACUGAGCUUGGGCUAGGUUACGAAAGCGACGAGACCGUGCUAUUUAAAUACUGCAGUGGUAAGUGCAAUACCGAAAGACGCAACUACGACAUCGUGAUGGAACACAUGCAGAAAACAAACUCAUCGGGUGAAAAAACGAAAGGGAGACGAAGAGAAAAGGAAAAGAGGGACAAGGCCCGAUACAACCCCUGCUGUCGCCCGACGCAGUAUGAAAAGGACAUGUCCUUCUUUGGAAACAAUAACCUUUUCUACACCAUUAAGGAAGUGUCGGCCAAAGAAUGCGGCUGUGUAUGA